AUCAACAACCAGAAACCAACUAUCGGAGAGCGUGAGAAGCUGUAACGGCUCUAAUGUGGUUAACGGAGAGGAAAUCACACACAAACACCGGUAUGUGUGAGAGAUAUGGAGCCUGGUAAACAUGGUUGAUUUCUUAUCGAUAGGAAGCAGUCUGUAUCGGUCCGACACCGUCUUUCUCUCUCUCGCGCGGUCUCGGUGUCUCCAUCUAUCAGCACAGGAAAAAUAGCGGAGGAGGAGGCGUGCGGGUGUGAGCGGCGCGCAUCCGUGAAACGGCGUUCAGCGGAGAGAGAGAGAGAGAGAGAGAGCAGUUAUUCCGCAUACGACAGAGAGCAGACAGACAGAGCGGCUAGCUACGCGACAGCAGCAACGACAGACUAACGACAAGAUGUUGAGUUUGGCUGUGUUGUGUGUGUGUGCCAUCGUCGGUGAAGUGUCCGCUCGCUCUACCAGCUGGAAUUUCCUGGAUGACAAGUCGUUAACAGCACGCUGGGACAAAUUCCGGGAUGAGCCAGGUACAUGGAAUCCUGGGAAAACGUUUGAUCAAGGUCUGAACCAAGAUAAAGACCCCUGUCUGAAGAUCAAGUGUAGCCGUCACAAAGUGUGUGUUGCAGAGCACGACCAGACUGCUGCUUGUGUUAGUCAGAGGAGAGUCAGUGUCAAGGAACCGGGCCUGUCUCUGAGUCCAGGGCCCAAAUGCAGGCGCUGUCCAGUGGUCCGUCCUUCUCCUGUGUGUGGUACUGACGGACACAGCUACUCAACCAAGGUAAUACACACAUUAUUACACAAUACACCCCUGACCUCUGACCUCUUUUCUCCAGAGUUCAGGUCAGGGGCGGGGCCUAUCUGUAAGGAUCCUCUUGGUUGGAUGUUCUCCCGCCUCGACACAAACUUUGACCUCCAGCUGGACCAAUCAGAGCUCAGCACGCUGGGGCUGGACAGGAAGGAAGGCUGCUCCGACGCACUCUUCACUUCCUGUGACACACCCACCGACACACACCCCGACACACUCCUCCUCUCCAGCGCAGAGUGGUGCACCUGCUUCCAGAGAUACACAGACUCCCCCUGUCGGUCUGAACUGACCGGUAUUAACAAGAAACAGGCUGCGGAGAAGCUACUGGGUCAGUACCUGCCAGUGUGUGACGCAGCGGGCUACUACCGGUCCCACCAGUGCCACGGCAACAGCGGACAGUGUUGGUGUGUCGAUCGCUAUGGCAACGAGGUCGCAGGGUCACGGACCCACGGAGCAGCAGACUGUGGGGUGGUGUUGGAAUCAUCCGGAGACCAGGGCAGCGGAGACUCUCUCUUCUCCGACGACGACUAUGACGAUGACGAAGACGAUGCCUUCGUCCUGAGCGACCAGUCUCAGAUAGAUGACGAAGAUGACGAGGACGAGGAUGACGGAGAGGAAAGAUAUCUGUCAUAACUCCGUCACUCUGCACGUCGCUAGGGGACUGCAGCAGCAAUAAUAGUUGCUAGGCGACCUCUUCACCGCUAACGGACUAAAGACAUCUCUCUCUCUCUCUCUCUCUCUGUGUGCAUCUUAAAUGGCACCCUAUACCCUAUUUAGUGCACCAGGGCCCAUGGGGUUCUGGUUGAAGGUAGUUCACUACAUAGUCUACAGGGACACCAUUUGUAACCAGGGCCCAUACAGUCUAACCCCUAGUCCCUACGUAGUGCCCUACUUUAGACCAGGGCCCAUACGGUCUAACUCCUAGUCCCUAUGUAGUGCCCUACUUUAGACCAGGGCCCAUACAGUCUAACCCCUAGUCCCUAUGUAGUGCCCUACUUUAGACCAGGGUCCAUACGGUCUAACCCCUAGUCCCUACGUAGUGCCCUACUUUAGACCAGGGCCCAUACGGUCUAACACCUAGUCCCUAUGUAGUGCCCUACUUUAGACCAGGGCCCAUACGGUCUAACCCCUAGUCCCUAUGUAGUGCCCUACUUUAGACCAGGGUCCAUACGGUCUAACCCCUAGUCCCUAUGUAGUGCCCUACUUUAGACCAGGGUCCAUACGGUCUAACCCCUAGUCCCUAUGUAGUGCCCUACUUUAGACCAGGGCCCAUACGGUCUAACCCCUAGUCCUAAUGUAGUGCCCUACUUUAGACCAGGGCCCAUACGGUCUAACUCCUAGUCCCUAUGUAGUGCCCUACUUUAGACCAGGGCCCAUACGGUCUAACCCCUAGUCCCUAUGUAGUGCCCUACUUUAGACCAGGGACCAUACAGUCUAACCCCUAGUCCCUAUGUAGUGCCCUACUUUAGACCAGGGUCCAUACGGUCUAACCCCUAGUCCCUAUGUAGUGCCCUUCUUUAGACCAGGGCCCAUACGGUCUAACCCCUAGUCCCUAUGUAGUGCCCUACUUUAGACCAGGGCCCAUACGGUCUAACCCUUAGUCCCUAUGUAGUGCCCUACUUUAGACCAGGGCCCAUACGGUCUAACCCCUAGUCCCUAUGUAGUGCCCUACUUUAGACCAGGGCCAUACGGUCUAACCCCUAGUCCCUAUGUAGUGCCCUACUUUAGACCAGGGCCCAUACGGUCUAACCCUUAGUCCCUAUGUAGUGCCCUACUUUAGACCAGGGCCCAUACGGUCUAACCCCUAGUCCCUACGUAGUGCCCUACUUUAGACCAGGGCCCAUACGGUCUAACUCCUAGUCCCUAUGUAGUGCCCUACUUUAGACCAGGGCCCAUACGGUCUAACCCCUAGUCCCUAUGUAGUGCCCUACUUUAGACCAGGGCCCAUACGGUCUAACCCCUAGUCCCUAUGUAGUGCCCUACUUUAGACCAGGGCCCAUACAGUCUAACCCCUAGUCCCUACGUAGUGCCCUACUUUAGACCAGGGCCCAUACAGUCUAACUCCUAGUCCCUAUGUAGUGCCCUACUUUAGACCAGGGCCCAUACGGUCUAACCCCUAGUCCCUAUGUAGUGCCCUACUUUAGACCAGGGUCCAUACGGUCUAACCCUUAGUCCCAAUGUAGUGCCCUACUUUAGACUAGGGCCCAUACGGUCUAACCCCUAGUCCCUAUGUAGUGCCCUACUUUAGACCAGGGCCCAUACGGUCUAACCCCUAGUCCCUAUGUAGUGCCCUACUUUAGACCAGGGUCCAUACGGUCUAACCCUUAGUCCCUAUGUAGUGCCCUACUUUAGACCAGGGCCCAUACCUUCUAACCCUUAGUCCCUAUGUAGUGCCCUACUUUAUACCAGGGCCCAUACGGUCUAACCCUUAGUCCCUAUGUAGUGCCCUACUUUAGACCAGGGCCCAUACGGUCUAACUUCAACAAUAAUGACCUAGACGGUUUAUGUGACUGUGGAGAAACAAAUAACUGUGGAACAAAAUAUGAAUCCCAAACUAUUUUUAUAUUGCAUUGCUUCUAAAAAUGUACAAGGUCUGAAUCCCAAAUGACUCUCGAUUCCCUAUAUAGUCCACUGAGCCCAGAGGAAUCAGAUCUGACUCCCGAAUGACUCUCGAUUCCCUAUAUAGUCCACUGAGCCCGGAGGAAUCAGAUCUGACUCCCAAAUGACUCUCUAGUCCCUAUAUAGUCCACUGAGCCCAGAGGAAUCAGAUCUGACUCCCAAAUGACUCUCUAUUCCCUAUAUAGUCCACUGAGCUCAGAGGAACCAGAUCUGAGUCCCAAAUGACUCUCUAUUCCCUAUAUAGUCCACUGAGCCCAGAGGAAUCAGAUCUGACUCCCAAAUGACUCUCUAGUCCCUAUAUAGUCCACUGAGCCCAGAGGAAUCAGAUCUGACUCCCAAAUGACUCUCUAUUCCCUAUAUAGUCCACUGAGCCCAGAUGAACCAGAUCUGACUCCCAAAUGACUCUCGAUUCCCUAUAUAGUCCACUGAGCCCAGAGGUACCAGGUCUGACUCCCACAUGACUCUAGAUCCCCUUAAUAGUGCACUGUGCCCAGAGGAACCGGAUCUGAAUCAAGAGGGAAUCGGGUGCUGUUUGGGCCACAGAGAGACCUGUGGUUUUGUCCUCUUGGUCCAGUGGAAUAUAAUCUAAGGACUUGUGCAGCAAACAGGAUCCACUAUAGAGGAUAAGGGUAACGGUUAGAUGGGGUUGUUACGGCGUCUGGCUUGGGAGGACAACACUAUCACUAUUUAAAUGUUUUAAUAAAUAAUAAUUGAUAUUCUACUGGAAUAGUUUAACACACACACACACACACACACACACACACACACACACACACACUAGGGCCAACCCUAUGGGUCGUUCUGGAUCAGACUGCUCUACUAGGGCCAACCCUAUGGGUCGUUCUGGAUCAGACUGCUCUACUAGGGCCAACCCUAUGGGUCGUUCUGGAUCAGACUGCUCUACUAGGGCCAACCCUAUGGGUCGUUCUGGAUCAGACUGCUCUACUAGGGCCAACCCUAUGGGUCGUUCUGGAUCAGACUGCUCUACUAGGGCCAACCCUAUGGGUCGUUCUGGAUCAGACUGCUCUACUAGGGCCAACCAUAUGGGUCGUUCUGGAUCAGACUGCUCUACUAGGGCCAACCCUAUGGGUCGUUCUGGAUCAGACUGCUCUACUAGGGCCAACCCUAUGGGUCGUUCAGGAUCAGACUGCUCUACUAGGGCCAACCCUAUGGGUCGUUCUGGAUCAGACUGCUCUACUAGGGCCAACCCUAUGGGUCGUUCUGGAUCAGACUGCUCUACUAGGGCCAACCCUAUGGGUCGUUCUGGAUCAGACUGCUCUACUAGGGCCAACCCUAUGGGUCGUUCUGGAUCAGACUGCUCUACUAGGGCCAACCCUAUGGGUCGUUCUGGAUCAGACUGCUCUACUAGGGCCAACCAUAUGGGUCGUUCUGGAUCAGACUGCUCUACUAGGGCCAACCCUAUGGGUCGUUCUGGAUCAGACUGCUCUACUAGGGCCAACUCUAUGGGUCGUUCUGGAUCAGACUGCACUACUAGGGCCAACCCUAUGGGUCGUUCUGGAUCAGACUGCUCUACUAGGGCCAACUCUAUGGGUCGUUCUGGAUCAGACUGCUCUACUAGGGCCAACCCUAUGGGUCGUUCUGGAUCAGACUGCUCUACUAGGGCCAACACUAUGGGUCGUUCUGGAUCAGACUGCUCUACUAGGGCCAACCCUAUGGGUCGUUCUAGAUCAGACUGCUCUACUAGGGCCAACUCUAUGGUCGUUCUGGAUUAGACUGCUCUACUAAGGCCAACCCUAUGGGUCGUUCUGGAUCAGACUGCUCUACUAGGGCCAACUCUAUGGGUCGUUCUGGAUCAGACUGCUCUACUAGGGCCAACUCUAUGGGUCGUUCUGGAUCAGACUGCUCUACUAGGGCCAACCCUAUGGGUCGUUCUGGAUCAGACUGCUCUACUAGGGCCAACUCUAUGGGUCGUUCGGUAUCAGACUGCUCUACUAGGGCCAACCCUAUGGGUCGUUCUGGAUCAGACUGCUCUACUAGGGCCAACUCUAUGGGUCGUUCUGGAUCAGACUGCUCUACUAGGGUCGUUCUGGAUCAGACUGCUCUACUAGGUCCAACCCUAUGGGUCGUUCUGGAUCAGACUGCUCUACUAGGGCCAACUCUAUGGGUCGUUCUGGAUCAGACUGCUCUACUAGGGUCGUUCUGGAUCAGACUGCUCUACUAGGGCCAACCCUAUGGGUCGUUCUGGAUCAGACUGCUCUACUAGGGCCAACCCUAUGGGUCGUUCUGGAUCAGACUGCUCUACUAGGGCCAACCCUAUGGGUCGUUCUGGAUCAGACUGCUCUACUAGGGCCAACCCUAUGGGUCGUUCUGGAUCAGACUGCUCUACUAGGGCCAACCCUAUGGGUCGUUCUGGAUCAGACUGCUCUACUAGGGCCAACUCUAUGGGUCGUUCGGUAUCAGAUUGCUCUACUAGGGCCAACCCUAUGGGUCGUUCUGGAUCAGACUGCUCUACUAGGGCCAACUCUAUGGGUCGUUCUGGAUCAGACUGCUCUACUAGGGUCGUUCUGGAUCAGACUGCUCUACUAGGGCCAACCCUAUGGGUCGUUCUGGAUCAGACUGCUCUAUUAGGGCCAACUCUAUGGGUCGUUCUGGAUCAGACUGCUCUACUAGGGUCGUUCUGGAUCAGACUGCUCUACUAGGGCCAACCCCAUGGGUCGUUCUGGAUCAGACCUAUCUACUAGGGCCAACCCUAUGGGUCGUUCUGGAUCAGACUGCUCUACUAGGGCCAACCCUAUGGGUCGUUCUGGAUCAGACUGCACUACUAGUGCCAACCCUAUGGGUCGUUCUGGAUCAGAUUGCUCUACUAGGGCCAACCCUAUGGGUCGUUCUGGAUCAGACUGCUCUACUAGGGCCAACCCUAUGGGUCGUUCUGGAUCAGACUGCUCUACUAGGGCCAACUCUAUGGGUCGUUCGGUAUCAGACUGCUCUACUAGGGCCAACCCUAUGGGUCGUUCUGGAUCAGACUGCUCUACUAGGGCCAACUCUAUGGGUCGUUCUGGAUCAGACUGCUCUACUAGGGUCGUUCUGGAUCAGACUGCUCUACUAGGGCCAACCCUAUGGGUCGUUCUGGAUCAGACUGCUCUACUAGGGCCAACUCUAUGGGUCGUUCCUGAUCAGACUGCUCUACUAGGGUCGUUCUGGAUCAGACUGCUCUACUAGGGCCAACCCCAUGGGUCGUUCUGGAUCAGACCUAUCUACUAGGGCCAACUCUAUGGGUCAUUCUGGAUCAGACUGCUCCACUAGGGCCAACCCUAUGGGUCGUUCUGGAUCAGACUGCUCUACUAGGGCCAACCCUAUGGGUCGUUCUGGAUCAGACUGCACUACUAGUGCCAACCCUAUGGGUCGUUCUGGAUCAGAUUGCUCUACUAGGGCCAACCCUAUGGGUCGUUCUGGAUCAGACUGCACUACUAGUGCCAACCCUAUGGGUCGUUCUGGAUCAGACUGCUCUACUAGGGCCAACUCUAUGGGUCGUUCUGGAUCAGACUGCUCUACUAGGGCCAACACUAUGGGUCGUUCUGGAUCAGACUGCUCUACUAGGGCCAACUCUAUGGGUCGUUCGGUAUCAGACUGCUCUACUAGGGCCGACUCUAUGGGUCGUUCGGUAUCAGACUGCUCUACUAGGGCCAACUUUAUGGGUCGUUCUGGAUCAGACUGCACUACUAGGGCCAACUCUAUGGGUCGUUCUGGAUCAGACUGCACUACUAGUGCCAACUCUAUGGUUCGUUCAGGAUCAGACUGCGCUACUAGGGCCAACCCUAUGGGUCGUUCUGGAUCAGACUGCUCUACUAGGGCCAACUCUAUGGGUCGUUCUGGAUCAGACUGCUCUACUAGGGUCGUUCUGGAUCAGACUGCUCUACUAGGGCCAACCCUAUGGGUCGUUCUGGAUCAGACUGCUCUACUAGGGCCAACCCUAUGGGUCGUUCUGGAUCAGACUGCUCUACUAGGGCCAACCCUAUGGGUCGUUCUGGAUCAGACUGCUCUACUAGGGCCAACCCUAUGGGUCGUUCUGGAUCAGACUGCUCUACUAGGGCCAACCCUAUGGGUCGUUCUGGAUCAGACUGCUCUACUAGGGCCAACUCUAUGGGUCGUUCGGUAUCAGAUUGCUCUACUAGGGCCAACCCUAUGGGUCGUUCUGGAUCAGACUGCUCUACUAGGGCCAACUCUAUGGGUCGUUCUGGAUCAGACUGCUCUACUAGGGUCGUUCUGGAUCAGACUGCUCUACUAGGGCCAACCCUAUGGGUCGUUCUGGAUCAGACUGCUCUAUUAGGGCCAACUCUAUGGGUCGUUCUGGAUCAGACUGCUCUACUAGGGUCGUUCUGGAUCAGACUGCUCUACUAGGGCCAACCCCAUGGGUCGUUCUGGAUCAGACCUAUCUACUAGGGCCAACCCUAUGGGUCGUUCUGGAUCAGACUGCUCUACUAGGGCCAACCCUAUGGGUCGUUCUGGAUCAGACUGCACUACUAGUGCCAACCCUAUGGGUCGUUCUGGAUCAGAUUGCUCUACUAGGGCCAACCCUAUGGGUCGUUCUGGAUCAGACUGCUCUACUAGGGCCAACCCUAUGGGUCGUUCUGGAUCAGACUGCUCUACUAGGGCCAACUCUAUGGGUCGUUCGGUAUCAGACUGCUCUACUAGGGCCAACCCUAUGGGUCGUUCUGGAUCAGACUGCUCUACUAGGGCCAACUCUAUGGGUCGUUCUGGAUCAGACUGCUCUACUAGGGUCGUUCUGGAUCAGACUGCUCUACUAGGGCCAACCCUAUGGGUCGUUCUGGAUCAGACUGCUCUACUAGGGCCAACUCUAUGGGUCGUUCCUGAUCAGACUGCUCUACUAGGGUCGUUCUGGAUCAGACUGCUCUACUAGGGCCAACCCCAUGGGUCGUUCUGGAUCAGACCUAUCUACUAGGGCCAACUCUAUGGGUCAUUCUGGAUCAGACUGCUCCACUAGGGCCAACCCUAUGGGUCGUUCUGGAUCAGACUGCUCUACUAGGGCCAACCCUAUGGGUCGUUCUGGAUCAGACUGCACUACUAGUGCCAACCCUAUGGGUCGUUCUGGAUCAGAUUGCUCUACUAGGGCCAACCCUAUGGGUCGUUCUGGAUCAGACUGCACUACUAGUGCCAACCCUAUGGGUCGUUCUGGAUCAGACUGCUCUACUAGGGCCAACUCUAUGGGUCGUUCUGGAUCAGACUGCUCUACUAGGGCCAACACUAUGGGUCGUUCUGGAUCAGACUGCUCUACUAGGGCCAACUCUAUGGGUCGUUCGGUAUCAGACUGCUCUACUAGGGCCGACUCUAUGGGUCGUUCGGUAUCAGACUGCUCUACUAGGGCCAACUUUAUGGGUCGUUCUGGAUCAGACUGCACUACUAGGGCCAACUCUAUGGGUCGUUCUGGAUCAGACUGCACUACUAGUGCCAACUCUAUGGUUCGUUCAGGAUCAGACUGCGCUACUAGGGCCAACUCUAUGGGUCGUUCUGGAUCAGACUGCUCUACUAGGGCCAACCUUAUGGGUCGUUCUGGAUCAGACUGCUCUACUAGGGCCAACUUUAUGGGUCGUUCUGGAUCAGACUGCUCUACUAGGGCCAACCCUAUGGGUCGUUCUGGAUCAGACUGCUCUACUAGGGCCAACUCUAUGGGUCGUUCUGGUUCAGACUGCUCUACUAGGGCCAACUCUAUGGGUCGUUCUGGAUCAGACUGCACUACUAGGGCCAACUUUAUGGGUCGUUCUGGAUCAGAUGAGGCUACAUUGGGAAUCACCGUAUAUGGUUCUAGGAAAAUUAUAAAACCACAUUUUUACAAUGUAUUUCAUUUACUGGAAUAAAAAACUAUAUUGAUCAAA